UUGAAAACACAAAUUGUAUAGCACAAACCUUAAACCUUGUAAACAUUGAACAUGUCUUUCUUCAAAUCCUAUGGAAAAGUUGAUGAACAUGAUCAAAUGAUGUUAGAAGCAAAAAGAAAAACCCGAAAGAGAAUCACAAUCAUAAGCUUAUCUUCAAUAAUCUUCAUUGGUGUUGUAAUUGCAGCUGUAUUAGGAGUUGUUAACUCAAAAAAUGAUGAUGAUAACAACAAUAAUGCAUCUCAAAAUUCAGUGACUAAUUCUAUGAAAGCUGUUUGUGAUGUUACAUUGUACAAAGAUUCAUGUUAUAACAGUCUUAGUUCUAUUGUUGGCUCAGGAAAAGAGGUUCAACCUGAGGAGUUGUUUAAGUUAUCAAUCAAUGUAGCAUUAACUCAUGUGUCUAAAGCUGUUGAGUAUUUCAAUGAACAUGGUGUUUUCAAAAAGUUGAUAGAAAAUAGUAGAACCAAUGAAGCUUUGAAAAAUUGUAGGGUUCUUUUGGAUCUUGCUAUUGAUCAUUUGAAUAACACAUUGACUGCUUCAAGGGAAAAUUCUUCACUUCAUCAAGUUUUUGAUGAUCUUCAAACAUGGUUAAGUGCUGCAGGUACGUACCAACAAACUUGCAUUGAAGGCUUUGAGGAUACAAAAGAACAACUCAAGACAAGUGUAACAAGCUACCUCAAAAACUCUACAGAGUACACAAGCAAUAGUCUUGCCAUCAUAACAUAUAUUAACAAGGCUAUAAACACUCUCAAUUUGAGGCGUUUAAUGAGUUUACCUUAUGAAAAUGAAACACCAAAAUGGUUUCAUUCAAAAGAUAGGAAGCUACUUAGUACAAAGGAUUUAAGAUCAAAAGCUGAUAUUGUUGUUGCUAAAGAUGGUAGUGGAAAAUAUAAAACUAUAUCUGAUGCACUUAAACAUGUUCCUAAUAAGAGUAAAAAGAGGACUUUGAUCUAUGUGAAGAAAGGGAUUUACUAUGAAAAUGUGAGAGUUGAAAAGACUAAAUGGAAUGUGAUGAUUAUUGGUGAUGGUAUGACUUCUUCAAUUGUAUCUGGCAAGCUUAAUGUUGUGGAUGGUACACCAACAUUUUCAACUGCAACAUUUGCUGUGUUUGGAAGGAAUUUCAUAGCAAGAGACAUGGGUUUUCGCAAUACAGCAGGUCCACAAAAGCACCAAGCAGUAGCACUAAUGACAAGUGCUGAUCAAGCGGUUUAUUAUAAGUGUCACAUUGAUGCAUAUCAAGACACUCUUUAUGCUCAUUCCAAUCGCCAAUUUUAUAGAGAAUGCAACAUUUAUGGAACAGUUGAUUUCAUUUUUGGAAAUUCAGCUGUUGUGAUUCAAAACUGCAACAUUAUGCCUAAGUUACCUAUGCAUGGACAACAGAUCACUAUCACAGCACAAGGAAAAACUGACCCUAACAUGAACACAGGUAUCUCAAUUCAAUAUUGUAACAUUUCACCUUAUGGAAACUUGAGUAAUGUUAAAGUAUAUCUUGGAAGACCAUGGAAGAAUUACUCAACCACAGUUUACAUGAGAACAAGAAUGGAUGGUUUUAUUAAUCCAAAUGGUUGGUUACCUUGGGUAGGAAACUCAGCACCAGAUACAAUUUUUUAUGCAGAAUUUCAGAAUGUUGGACCAGGUUCUGUAACAAAGAAUAGAGUGAAGUGGAAGGGUUUGAAAAAUAUUUCUAGUAAACAAGCUAGUAAGUUUUCAGUCAAGGCUUUUCUUCAAGGAGAUAGAUGGAUUCCUGCAUCAGGUGCACCUUUUAGGUCUAAUAUAUGACAGCAGCCAUAUGAUGCAAAAGCUUCCUCUUCUAAGAUUACUUUGGAUUACUUUGUAUUAUUAAUUUGACACUGAUUGUUGAUUCUUUUUUAUUUGAUUUCAUUUUUUGAAUAAAGUGAUUUCGGUCUCUAAAUGUGCAAGACAGUUUCACUAUAGUCUUUAAAUGUAUCGAAAAUGCAUAAUCAUCAUUGAGUAUAUCUUCUGUUAGUAA